AUGACUGUUACUGAGGCCUUUGACUUGGAUUAUCCUAUGAAAGAACCCCAUACAUCUAUUGCUACUUUGCCAUUUAACUUUGGUGGUCCUAUGAAGAAAUCUGUUUGGAUUGUGGGUUCUGUCAAUGGGUUGAUUUGUCUUGUCAUCGGGGUAAACAACUUCUUUCUAUACAAUCCAUCGAUUAGGAAGUUCAAGAUAUUGCCUGAUCCUAGACCCGGUCUCUAUGUCAUGUAUGCUUUUGGAUAUGAUGAACUUCAUGAUGAUUACAAGGUAGUGGCAGUUUGCAAGCCUUGGAAUAUUAUUAACGGUUUUGGAUAUGAUAAACAUCAUGUUGAGAUAAAAAUAUAUAGUCUAGAAAGCGAUUCUUGGAGAAGUACCGAAGAAUGUUGGCGUGGGUGCUACCCACUAAGUGGGGUACCCUUGUGA